CAAAAUUGGAUUCAUAUUUUGAUUGUGAAAAAGUAAAAUGGCGAAAGAUAAAGGAGUGAGAGUGAUGUAAUUGUAAUGAAAUGUAUGGUCAUCUGAAGAAGCAAGUCUCAACAGUGAUGGCGGGGUUUGAGUUUCUGAGUGUGAAGCCAUACACAGCUCCUUCAUGGGCAUCCUACCUAGACCCCAUACCUUCUCAUAUUGUCUCUCUUGCCCAUCUUCCGACUCCGAUUCACAGAUGGAACCUUCCGAACCUGCCAGCCAAUACGGAAGUGUGGCUGAAGCGCGAUGAUCUUUCUGGAAUGCAAUUGAGUGGAAACAAAGUGCGGAAAUUGGAGUUCUUGAUGGCCGAUGCAAUUGCUGAAUCCGCUGAUUCUGUUAUUACAAUUGGAGGCAUCCAAAGUAAUCACUGUCGUGCCACUGCCGUUGCUGCUAAGUAUUUGAAUCUCGAUCCUUUCCUUAUACUCCGCACUUCUAAGCUUCUCGUUGACCAAGAUCCCACCCUCACCGGCAAUCUUCUUGUUGAGCGUUUGAUUGGAGCUCACCUUCAACUUAUAUCCAAAGAAGAAUAUUCACAAAUUGGAAGUGUUACACUUGCCAACCUCCUCAAAGAAAAGCUCAUCAACCAAGGGAGGAGGCCAUAUGUUAUUCCUGUUGGCGGAUCAAACUCUCUCGGAACAUGGGGCUACCUAGAGGCAGUUAGGGAAAUUGAGCUGCAGAUUCAAAGUGGAACAAGCAAUGUCAAGUUUGAUGAUAUUGUUGUGGCUUGUGGCAGUGGGGGCACAAUUGCUGGUUUAGCAUUGGGUUCAUCAUUGAGUACCUUGAAAGCAAGGGUGCAUGCAUUCUCCGUUUGUGAUGAUCCGGAUUACUUCCACAACUUUGUUCAAGGCUUGCUUGACGGACUCAAAGCUGGUGUUAGCUCCAGAGAUAUUGUCCACAUACAAAAUGCCAAGGGUCUUGGCUAUGCAAUGAACACUUCUGAGGAGCUUAAUUUUGUAAAAGAAGUUGCUGAAGCUACAGGUGUUGUUCUUGACCCGGUAUACAGCGGUAAGGCUGCUUAUGCAAUGCUGAAAGAUAUGAAUGAAAAUCCAAAGAAAUGGGAAGGAAGGAAGAUCCUCUUCGUACAUACAGGUGGCCUCUUAGGAUUGUAUGACAAGGUCGAUCAGCUGGGUUCCUUUGUAGGGAAUUGGCAACGAAUGGAUGUUAAUGAAUCUGUUCCCAGGCAAGAUGGAAUUGGAAAGAUGUUCUAGAGAAAGAAAGUAAAACCCUUAUUGUUUGCAUGUAUGUCUGUAUAAAUAUAUCUUGCUCCAAAUAAGUUAUACUUUUAUUGCAGUGCUUACACACUGAAUCCUGAUGUUGACAUAAUGAUAAUAAAAAUGCCCAAAAAGAAAACGACGUCUAGGGUGGAGAUAACUGGCUAUAUGAACUAUGCUAGUAUUUGUUAGGAAGAUUUAGCAUUAGAAAUUGCAAAAUACAUAUGCACAA